AUGUCGGGGAAAAUAAGUGAAGAAGCAAUGGCAGAGCAGGAGGAACGGGCGGAAUACGUGAAGAACAUCGGCAUCGAGUACAGAUUCGGUUGCUACGAGGUAAAAGAGCCUGGAGACGUAAAAGUGAAGAGAAGGAAUUCAGGAGAAACGGCCAGAAUCGUGUCAGUUGCUCGGAGAAUAUAUGGAAGCUCUUCAACAGAAUUUCUCUGCCGCUCUCGCCAUUUUCAAGAAGAACUGUGACGAAAACAGUUACCCGAAGUCGUGCUUCAAAUACGGAAUGUACAUGCUGGCAGGAAAAGCCGACGAAACGAGCCUUUCGAAGAUGAUCCGUCCGAUGACGGUGGCUUGCGAAGCAGACAUUCCCCAGGGUUGCAGGUACUUGUCACUUGUGCACUGGAACGGAGAGAAAGGGCGGAAAGCGGACUCGGCGAAGGCGGAGAAGUACAUGAGGAAGGCGUGCGAGCUGGAGGACGGCGAGGCGUGUUGGCUGCUGAGCACCUGGUACAUGGGCAACAAGGAAAAGUUCAAGACCACCGCUUCCGGAGAAGCCAAGGUAGGCCGUGUCAGAUUUUGCUUCAUGGUCUACUGGAAAUCGUGUUCGAGUUAGGAUUGAAACAAUUUGCCUCCCCGGCCCCAUUCUUAUUUUCUCUCUUUUUCGGUCACUGGACUGUCCCAUGGCCCUUACAAGUAUGUGAGGAAUGUUGAAAACAUGAAAGGAUUAAAAUCGUAUCGAUAACACAAGACAAGUGACGUCGUCACUUCUUCGUUUUACGAACAUCAUAAUCGUAAUAUUUCAGGAGCUCGACCGAUCGGAACUCGGCCAACUCUCUCGGGACAUGGAGAAAAGUCUGGAGUUUGCGAGACGUGCGUGCGACUUCGACAUCCCGCAGAGCUGCGCAAACGUGUCCCGGAUUUUCAAACUGGGCGAUGGCGUGCCGAAGGAUCUCGACGAGGCGAAAAAGUAUGCGGAUCGAGCAAAAGAGAUCAUGGAUGCGAUGCGGUCGAAAGACACGAGCGCUGGGUUCACUGGAUGA